AUGUCCUCAUCAGGAAAAGCUGCCGCUUCCUCCUCCUGCCUCUCCUCCCAGUGCUUCGACCCCCUGACCAGGUCCUGCGUCCAGUGCUCCGACUUGUUCAAGGAGAACGCAACAGAGCCCGCCCGCAUGGCGCCCACCUCCACCCUGGCGCCCACCCUCCCGUCAGUGGACCUGCCCAGCACCCUCCUGAUCUUUGGGGUUCCAGCGGUGGUGGGGCUCAUCCUGGCUCUGGCUGCCCUCUGGGGCUUCCUGGCCUGCAAGGUGGGCAAGCAGAGGAGGAAGAGGAAGGCGGCAGACGAGGAGGCUGAAGCAAACAUGGAUGCCACCAGCCCCCUGCCCAGCCCAGGCUGCCAGGACCCUGCUAUGCCAGAGGGAGAUGCCAUCCUGGAUCCAGCUCCAUGCCCACAUCAUAAUGGAGGCCUGAAGAUACCGGGGCCACCUGGGAAAGCCGGUGCAAAGCGGAGGCCGUGCUGCCGGGGUGAUGCCAACGGUGACAUCGUCCUGCUCUCUACUGUGUACCCCCGGCACGAGGAGUGCAACCACAGCUUCCCACUGCCUGCCACUGAGCUGGGGGCUGCAGCCCUGGUCACCACCAAAACCACCCAGAACUGUGCCAGCGAGGAGAGAGCCUGA